GAGAAUCAAAUUUCUUUAGCAAUUUAAUGGCUUGAUUUUCAUUUAUUUUACGAGUUCCAAAACGUUGGUUAUCCGUAGAACAAACUCAAGAAAUAAUAACACUAGUUUUAGCGUGAUGCCAAUAAAAAUUUUGUUUACAACUCACAGAGGACAUAUAUAUCCACACAGCAUGUUCUCUUAUAACUCUAUAUAAAUAAUAUUAAGUGAAACUAUAAUGAUCAAAGAUGACACGUUCUUUCUCCGCUAUUUGUAUUAUUAUACUAUCACUGUUAUUAAUAGAGUCAUCAGCUCAAGAAACAAAGAGAGUUAUUGAUCUCAGCAUUUUUGAUAUCAUUUCUCAAACGUUAUUACGAACAGAGCUAAAAAUAGCAGAACUUCUUGAGAUUGUUAAGAAAGUUGCAAUUAUUCAUCAUGAACGAGAAUUCAAUUCUAAAAAUGUGUCAUCAUCUUCACAUUCAUUGCCCACUAAUCUAGCAGAAAUGAAAUUAAUUAAAUAUGAUUUAUCAAAAAUUCGAAAACCAAAGCGACCAGUUGAUGACGCUCCUGCUAAAGAAGACGUGACAGCACGUAAAUCCUACAGAUCAAAAUAUGCUAGCGAUGAAGAUGAUGAUGAGGAUGACAUCGAUGAAGAUGGUGAUAGUAAUUCUAAUGUCAACACCAACAUCAAUACUAAUACCAACAUUCGAAAACGUCCAUCGUAUGCCAACUUUUUCAAAAAAUGAUAUAUAAACUUGGCAGCUAAUUGAAUUAAUCAAACUGGAAUAAAUAGAAAUGAAAAUGAAUGCUUUUUUGGCAUUGUUCUUUUUGAAUCCUCACCACAAAUUUUCCACUGUCAGAAAAAUGGAAUGACAGCUUUAAUAUCAGUAACUAUUAUUUUUAUGCUCUGCGCUCAAUAUCAUGAUAUAUGGUUUUAAUUGAAAUUAGAGAAACGUAUAUAAUCAAACGAACAAGACUGGAAAUAAGUGAAACUUUUCUACGAAAAUAUUCUUCCAAAAACAUGGUUCGUUCAUUAUUUCCUAUAUUUUUAGUCGCUUUUACCAUUACUAUUCAGACUUGUCUUUCAACCCAUGGUGAUCCUUCACAACAUCAUGGCCAACGAAACAUCAAUUCCAAUACCAAUAUUAAUGCAAACAUUAACGCCCAUCAUCGUAAAUAUCGACGGACUGAUGGUCCAGUCCAUAGUGAAGUUAAUAAAGACACUGCAGAGAAAAUAGUAGAAGCUGCAGCAGUGGCGUCGGCAGCAGCCGAUGCAGCGAAGAUCGUCACAAGAUCGUUGGCAAAAAAGUUGAGUGAAAAUACUGCUGAUGCAGUAGCAGAUGCAGUUGUGAGAGUUUUAACUGGCAACACUACCACUCCAGUUCAUAAGGUAAUGAAAGUAGCAGCAAGGGCUGCCAGGAGAAGUAUCAAUGCCAACAGCAACACCAAUGUUAAUGUCAUAGGACGUCGGGAAACAUCCGCAGAAUUAUUAGACGAUGAUGAUGACGUAUAUGCACGCAAUGAUAUGAAUGCAACAGCUCGAGAGUUAGAUUAUGCAGAAGAAGGGCAUGAGAGAAUUGAAGAUGAUGAGUUGGGCGCUGAGGACGAUGAUGCUUUGGAAGAUGAUACUGCGGAUCCAGAUGAGAAAAAAGUGCCAAGGAGUGUAAUGAUACGAUUAAAAAUGCUAUUAUUGCGCUGGCUGAGAAAAUUAGUAGAACAGAAAUAUAAAAAACCGGAGUAACAUAAGCUGCAUGGAUUUUUAAAUAUCAUUGAUUAUAUGAAAACAACAUAGUAAUUAAUAUGACAAAAAACUGAUGAAUUAACUGAUACCAAUAUCAAUUUUUCAUAAAUUAUAAAAAAGCAUUUAUUUUAAAACUACUGUCUCAUAAUAUUUAAUAUCACUUCAUAAGUAGUGAAGUUCAAUCAUUAUUGUUGAAAUAUCUAAUCAAUAAAAUGAAAUAAUAAUUUUUUAUAAUUUGUGAAAAAUAAAAAGUGUGAUUUU